AUGCUCUCAUUGAGCAAAGAACCCUUGCUAAGGAGAAAAGAGGUGCUCGGCAUGCUGCUCAUGGUAUUUUCAGCGCUCUUGUUCACCUUUAUGACCAUGUUUGUCAAGAUGGGGAGCGAGAUGUUUCCGUCAUUUGAACUUGUUUUGGUGCGGUCGUUGAUACAAACUCUCCUGGCCUUGGGAGGCUGCGCCAUCUUUCGUAUCAACCCACUGGGAAAACCCGGCAUCCGGAAAUGGCUCCUUUUUCGUGCCAUUGUUGGCGCGAUUGGUCUAGCUUUGUUCUUUUACAGUCUCUCCGUUCUAUCACUGAGUGACGCAACAGUGCUUUUCUUUCUAGGUCCGACAUUCACAGCGAUCCUGGCAUCAGUUAUUCUGAAUGAAUCCUUUACGUUGUUUGAUUCGUUCUGCAGUGUGUUGUGCCUUGUAGGGCUCAUUCUCGUGUCCAAGCCCAUGUUUUUGUACAAUACGGUAACGCACGACCAGACUGAAUUGCAGCGCAUUUUCGCCAUCAGCUGCGCUAUUGCAGGAGCGAUCAUGUCCGCCAUUGCGUAUGUUACGGUGCGCAAAGUGGGCAAAGGCACUCACAUCCUGGUGCACGCUGUUUACCUUGGUAUCGUAUCGAGCAUUAUCAGUGUCCCCGGCAUCCUCCUACUUCAAGAAUUUGUUUGGCCUCAAAACGUGCGCGAUUACAUCAUUCUUGUAUUUGUGGGUCUCUUUGCUUUCAUCGGACAAUAUGUACUUAAUGAAGGGUUGAAAUUGGCCCCUGCUGGGGGAACAGGUACACUUAUGCAGACGGCCGAUGUGGCAUUUGCCUUCUUAUUCGGGGUGCUUGUGUUCAGCGAAUAUCCGGACGUAUCGACAUUACUGGGAUCGGCUCUUAUCGUUGGAAUGACCACCGCUCUAAGUUUACAUCGAUGGCAUACGCGCGCUCUCCACUUGCUACACAUGAAGAAAAAACGACGCAGCAGAACCUCAUCGGAUUCGCAUGCUAACACGACUGCUCCUUGUUCCUCGUAG